AUGCCUAAAACUGCUUUCAUCUUGAUUGACAUUCAAAAUGACUAUUUUGAGGGUGGAUUAUACCCGUUAGUUGAUAUCAAUCGCGCAGCUGAUAAUUCAGCCAAGCUUUUGCAAGAAUUAAGAAAGUUACCAGACCAAUUCCAUAUCAUUCAUGUUCGCCAUGAGUUUACUGGAGAGGCUAAGGAUGCUCCCUUUUUCGGAAAAGAUACAUCCGGGUCUCAGAUUCAUGAGAAGGUAAAACCCAACUCGGAUGAACUAGUCAUUUUCAAGAAUCAUCCCAACUCGUUCAUUGAGACAAAUUUGAAAUCAGAGCUCGAUAAUAACGGGAUUAAGGACGUGGUUAUUGUGGGAGCCAUGGCGCACAUAUGCAUACAGGGUACUACCAGAGCCGCUGCAGAAUUGGGAUACAAUGCAACCGUGAUCACUGAUGCAGUUGCUGCUCGUGAUUUGGAGUAUGGAGGAGUUACUACCCCCGCAAAACAAGUUUCAGCUGCAGUGUUUGCUACUUUGGCGUUUGGAUAUGCAAAAUUAACCACCACGGAGGAGUUUUUAGCCGCAUUAAAAUAG